AUGGGAGGCACAGCCACGACCCCGACCCUCACUGCCCUUCUCUGCCUCGGGGUCCUCCCCAAACCCUCCAUCUGGGCUGACCCAGGGUCGGUCACCAAGGGAAGCCCUGUGACCAUCUUGUCUCCGGGAUCUCUGAGGGCUGAUGUCUACCGUCUGUAUAGAGAGAGGCCCUCUGGACUCUGGGAGGCUAAGGCCCCACAGGACUCCAGUAACAAGGCCAGUUUCCCCUUUGAAUCCUCGAGCUCAAGCACUGCAGGGCAGUACCAGUGUGUCUAUCACAGCAGGAAAGACAGGUCAGAGUGGAGUGACCCCCUGCCCCUGGUGCGGACAGGUAGGAGGGAGGACCCAGGUCCCCUCCCACUGCGGCAGCGUCCUUACAGGCAGAGGGAGCAGAGUGUGGGCUCAGGGGGACGGACGUCUCCCCUCACAGCCCACACCUCCGGAGAGCAGCUGAGAGGGGGUCACAGACAGGGUCCCUGGAGAGAGGAUGGUGGUCCCUCAGCUCAGGGUCAACGGUGUGUUGGGGGUGGCUCUGUACACAUCACGACCUUCCUCGCCCCAGGAAUGUACAGGAAACCCUCCCUCUUAGCCCAGCUGGGGGCCUCAGGAACCAGCAGAGAGAGCGUGACCCUGCAGUGUGGCUCUGAGGUCUGGUCCGAUCCCCUCCAUCUGUCCAAGGAGGGGUCACUCACUCCUUCCCAGAACCUUCGUCUGCAGGACACGGCUCCACCCUUUCAGAACAACUUCACCUUGAGUCCUGUGACCUCAGCCCACAGUGGGACCUACACGUGCUACAGCUCACUCAGCACCUCUCCCUCCCUGAGGUCACAGCCCAGCGACCCCUGGAGCUCCUGCUCAGGUCUCAAAUGGUACCUGAACAUCCUGACUGGGGUCUCAGUGGCCUUCGUCCUGCUGCCCCUCGUCCUCGUCGUCCGACACCGGGGUCAGAGCAGACGCAGGAAGUCGGGUGAAAGGGCUCUGGGGUGGGUUGGAGGCCGAUUCCCAACUUCCUGCAGCGGCUGCAGCAUCAGUGCUCGAGGACAGAGGCCGGCAGAAGAGGCAAGACCUCUCCCAAAGACUCCCACCCCGGCCAGCCUGCGCGCAGCUCCCGCACUGCCCCUCACACUCCUCUCUCCCUGCCGAGCUCCAGCCCAGCUGCUGACGUCCAGGAGAGCCUGUGCCGCGGCAUCUGAAGCUCCCCAGGAUGUGACCUAUGCCCAGCUGAACCACUCGACCCUCAGACAGGAGACUGCAACCCCUGCCCCCCCAGUCAGGGGAGCCCCCAGCAGAGCCCAGCGUGUAUGACGCUCUCGCCGUCCGCUAGCCCAGGAAGGACCCAGACCCCACGCUCCAGGGACCCCCAGGAGCUGCCCCCAUAAAUGCUUAUACCAAACUCCAGCCAGCCUGGAGUCCUCACACGAACCACCAGGAGCUUCUGAGACCUCCUGGAAGCCAACUGCUUCCAGAACUCCAUGGACAUCACAGCUGAUUUUAUGGUCCCUACCAAGGGUCCUGACCUCAAGGACCCUACUGCCAUCAACACCUUGGGGUGAGGGAGGCCUACCACCCAGCCCAAGUAGCUGCGAGGACCUGGAUUCUUCUGCAGGCUCCACAGACUUCGCGAAGAACCCUGAGCCCUGACUGUGAAGCUGGCUCUUACAUCACACUUGCAUCACACCCACAAAUGCCCCAGACCGGGCCUAGUGCGCCCUGUGGCUGCAGCUGCUCAAUUCCAAGUGCUCCUCAUUUCCUGAGACCAAGCCCCUUCCUUCCCUGCCUGAGGUAGCUUCUCAAACAGAGAAAAGGGGAGCCCGCCUCCCUUGGGACCAAGAGUAUCAUCAGAAACUCCAAAUGCAGGGGGAGGGGCAGGGUUCCCCUAAAUCCUCUGCCUGGAAAUGACUCCUCGCCCCACAUGCAAAUGGGUGGCUGAGAAUUUCCUUCUGGUUUUGCCUCAAAGAACCUUCCUCACACUACUACUGGUCUCCCUGCUGUGAUAAGUGUAGAGAUGUUUGUUAGGACACCGUAGCCCAGCCCUAAGAGGAAAAGGACCACCAUCUCGCAGGUGGUCUCAAGCACCUGAACAAAGCCGACCCGGCCCCUCUGUGCACGUGUGGAAACCCGCUGAAGGACGCAGCCUGCACUUCCCACCACAGAAGGCUUGUGUUCAGAGCACGGAGGAAAAGAGGCACACCAAUGAACACCAGUUCUGAAGUGUGGAUGUCGUUUUAUUAUCUGACUGGAAAACUAGACUCCAUCAGCCCUGGCGGGCCCGGGUGGGCUCAAUCCUCCUCCUCGUCAUCCCCAGCUCCAGCCCCGCCCUGGCCCUUCUUGGCGUUCUUCCUCUUCACGCGGCCUGGGCGGCCGCCCCCGUACGGAGAACGGAGGGAGAAGUCGAUGUGCUUCUGGGAGUCCAGGCGGACAAUGAAGGACGGGAUGUUCACCACCUGCUUGCGGACCCUGGAGGGGGACGGCAGGUGAGCAGGACAGGGAAGCAGGAUGCUGCCCUCCUCUGCCUGUGCUUUGCAGCUGACAGGGCUGGUGCUAGAGCUGCACUGACUCUGAAGCAAUAAACGGGAAGGGCUCCUGAUCCUAAAGAACUGCUGUGUGUUCCGGAGAGCUUUCAGGCAUCACCUAAUUCACACAAAUGCAUCCACACCUCACAGAAGGGAGAGAGCAAUUCAGCAGUAACCCACGAGACCAGAGCGAAUGAGGUGAGGUGGCAGCAUAUAAACCCAAGACCUGCUUUUCAAAUACACAGCUGUGCCAGACACUUCAAAUAUUCUCAACUGUGUGUGUCACACACUGAGCUCUAUUAGCAGGUGCAGUUUCACUGUCUUCGAAGCAGCAACCCGAAAGGACUGGGGUCGUUUCAUUUCAGACAAGCAACGUUGAGAGGCUCCUGCCCAUGGGUCACACGGCUAACGAAAGGCUGCGGCAGAAAUUCAGUAUGCAUGUAUCCCACCCACUUACUACACAGCUCAACUGGGCCUCAUGAACAGGGCCCAAUUUACAAAGGGUAAACUGAGUACUCAGAUAAAGACCCAUCUGGCCUCUGGUCUUCACUGUGGCAGACCUUGGCCUGUGGUGAACUCACCAAAUUAAGGCCGACAGGAGAGUGCACUGUGGUGAUCAGGGCCUGGAGUGGCUCCACAAGGGCCCACUACACAGCCGAACCCACACAAGUCAGUUAGCCCCAAUGACUCCUCGCAACUGGACACCAAGGGCUGUUACCUGUCCAGCUACCUGCACGCCUCGUAGAAGCCUUCGCAAGGUGUACGGCUCCAGCCGCAGUGACCCUUGCGCUGGGCUACGGGGGGGAUGAGGCUGCCCCCAGCUCCCCCGUGAGCUGUUUGUAGGGGGUCAAUCUGCACCCUCAAGGGGAGCUCACACCUUCAUCACCUCCAAGGGCUGCACAGGAGAUAGGGACAGCGGCUUAGUGAGGGCAACCAUCAGAGGGGAUGGGGUGGGGAAGGCUCAGGGAGCCCAGAGGUGGUACCUGAUAUGGCGCUGGCGGAUCAGCACACGGGCGUGGUGGAUGGACUUGGCCAGGCCCAGCUUGAAGACCUGGGUCUGCAGGCGUCUCUCCAAGAAAUCCUCAAUCUUCAGGCCCAAGAUGUAAUCCAGCUUCA